CGAGUUAGGGGCCUGACUCCCCGGCGACGAGACAAGAUGGCUCCUCCGGUCCGCGCUGCAGCUACCGUCCCGGCUGCGUCGCUCGGCCCGCCCCCGGUACUGUUUCUUUAAAUGGCGGAGAGGGGUCAGGAAAGCAGGAAGAGAGGCGCGCGCGCUGUCACGUGACAGGGGCGGGUCCGGCCAACCAAGAUCCGGUCACGUGGGCACACACUGCCUGCCAAUUAAUAGGCGGGGUAGCUGGGCGGAGGCGGGAGGAGUCUCGGACGUUGUGAUUGGCUGGAUGCGCCGCGGAGGCCUCGGGGGUUUGGGGCGUCGGGGAGUGAGUGAGGUGGCCGGGGCUGUGUGCACUUAGCGGAGACAAAGCAGUGAGUGAGGUGGCGGUAGCGGCAGACUCCGAGAAGAGAGGAAAAAAAAGCAAAAUUUCGAGGUGCUGAGUCCUUCUUCCAAUUCAUCCAAGCGCAGUGCGCGGGCGGCGGCAGCGGAGGCGUUGACGGUAGCGGCGGCGGCGGCGGCAGCGGCAGAGGCGGCGGCGGCAGCACAUGGUUCCAAGAGCGCGCUGCGGUUGUUGAGUUCCAAUUCCGCGGGGAGGGACAAAGGCAGCUGCGAGCGCCGGGAAACGCCCGUUCGCGUGGUCCCUGCACCUGGGUCCUCAAUCCGGGCCCCGAAAAGCCGGGACUAACUUCUCUCCGCGAGGAGGCGGCCGCGGGACUGAGGCCCCGGGAAGUGGGGGAGGGGCGCGGCCCCCGCCUGAGGGGUUUGGGGCGGGACCGUCGGGAAGGCGGUUGCAUCCGGGUCUUUGUGAGGUAAUUUGACCCCCACGGCUCUGCGGUGGCGAUCCGGGCGCCGACGCCAGCUGGAUCGGCCAGUUGCCACGCUUCAGUUGGGAAGCCAAGAGAAACCGGAACUGGCGCCAUAUGUGCUCUAGCGACCUCGUGGUCUUCUGUCUGGAGCCUGUUGAAGGAUCUUGACGUCACCGGCGGCCAAGACAUGAGUGAAUGUUCAAUUUUAUGACAGAAUUGGGUAAAUAAUUCAGGGUUGGUAAGUUUUCCUAAUCAAGGAAUUUAGGACAAGAGCAACAAUAAUAAAUCAACACAUUACAAAUUAAAAGAAAAAAGACUUGAAGAAUGUCAAGAUGAAGCAGUAAUAAACCACCAACUCCAAGACCCCGUCGUCGACUCCAGAACCUUCUACAGGGACUUGUUUAGGACACGGGUUUAUGACGUAAUUCUUUCCAAAAUAUUCCAUCAUAAUUGUUGAGAAGAUUAGGAAAUUACUUAGAAGGAGGACACGGUUGUAGGUAACUUGUCUCAGCUGAUAUUAAGCGCACAGACCUAACCUUUACUGGACUGAAUCCUGGAAACUUUGUUGAGUUUCAUGUCUUUUUGAGUAGUGGGUAGAAGAUUUGGAGACCCUUGCCAAGUCAUGGCGUUCACAAAUUACAGCAGUCUGAAUAGAGCUCAACUAACUUUUGAGUAUCUGCACACAAAUUCAACUACUCAUGAAUUCCUGUUUGGUGCUCUUGCUGAAUUGGUUGAUAAUGCAAGAGAUGCUGAUGCCACCAGAAUAGAUAUUUAUGCUGAAAGACGAGAGGACCUUCGAGGAGGAUUUAUGCUUUGCUUUUUGGAUGAUGGAGCAGGAAUGGAUCCGAGUGAUGCUGCCAGUGUGAUCCAGUUUGGGAAGUCAGCCAAGCGAACACCGGAGUCCACUCAGAUCGGGCAAUAUGGGAAUGGGUUAAAAUCAGGCUCAAUGCGUAUUGGGAAAGAUUUUAUUCUCUUCACCAAGAAAGAAGACACCAUGACCUGUCUCUUCCUGUCCCGCACCUUUCAUGAGGAAGAAGGCAUCGAUGAGGUGAUAGUUCCAUUGCCCACCUGGAAUUCUCGGACCCGGGAACCUGUCACAGACAAUGUAGAAAAGUUUGCUAUUGAGACAGAACUCAUCUACAAGUAUUCUCCCUUCCGCACUGAGGAAGAAGUGAUGACCCAGUUCAUGAAGAUUCCUGGGAACAGCGGAACCCUGGUGAUCAUUUUUAAUCUCAAGCUCAUGGACAAUGGAGAGCCUGAACUAGACAUAGUCUCAAAUCCGAAAGAUAUCCAGAUGGCAGAGACCUCCCCAGAGGGAACGAAGCCAGAAAGGCGCUCUUUCCGUGCCUAUGCUGCUGUGCUCUAUAUUGAUCCCCGAAUGAGGAUAUUUAUCCAUGGACACAAAGUGCAGACCAAGAGGCUCUCCUGCUGCCUGUACAAGCCCAGGAUGUACAAGUACACAUCAAGCCGUUUCAAGACCCGUGCAGAGCAGGAGGUGAAAAAAGCAGAGCAUGUAGCUCGGAUUGCUGAAGAGAAGGCCCGGGAGGCAGAGAGCAAAGCUCGGACGUUAGAAGUGCGCCUGGGUGGAGACCUCACACGGGACUCUAGGGUGAUGUUACGGCAGGUUCAGAACACUGCCAUCACCCUGCGUAGAGAAGCUGACGUUAAGAAGAGGAUUAAGGAGGCCAAGCAACGAGCACUCAAAGAACCUAAGGAAUUAAAUUUUGUUUUUGGGGUCAACAUUGAACACCGAGAUCUUGAUGGUAUGUUCAUCUAUAACUGUAGUCGCCUGAUCAAGAUGUAUGAGAAAGUAGGCCCACAGCUGGAAGGGGGCAUGGCAUGUGGUGGGGUUGUUGGAGUUGUUGAUGUGCCCUACCUGGUCUUGGAGCCUACGCACAACAAGCAGGACUUCGCUGAUGCCAAGGAGUACCGGCACCUGCUCCGAGCAAUGGGGGAGCACCUAGCACAGUACUGGAAGGACAUUGCCAUUGCCCAGCGUGGAAUCAUCAAGUUCUGGGAUGAGUUUGGCUACCUUUCUGCCAAUUGGAACCAGCCCCCAUCUAGUGAGCUGCGUUUCAAACGCCGGAGAGCUAUGGAAAUCCCAACCACUAUUCAGUGUGAUUUGUGUCUGAAGUGGAGGACUCUCCCCUUCCAGCUUAGUUCAGUAGAAAAAGAUUACCCUGACACCUGGGUUUGUUCUAUGAACCCUGAUCCUGAGCAGGACCGGUGUGAGGCUUCUGAACAGAAGCAGAAGGUCCCCUUGGGAACAUUGAAAAAGGAUACAAAGACACAAGAAGAGAAGCAAAAGCAGCUGACAGAGAAAAUUCGCCAGCAGCAGGAGAAGUUGGAGGCUCUUCAGAAAACUACACCCAUCCGCUCACAAGCUGACCUGAAGAAAUUGCCCUUAGAAGUGACCACUAGACCAUCCUCUGAGGAACCUGCACGGAGACCUCAGCGUCCUCGGUCACCCCCUUUACCUGCUGUGAUCAAGAAUGCACCAAGCAGACCCCCUUCCCUGCAGACUGCCAGAUCAACCAACCAAUCUCGAAAGGCUCCUGUUGUCAGCAGCUCCCCAAAGCCUCCUGUUUUGACAGCUCGAGCAGAGGCGGCCAGUACUUCCAAGCUGCCCAGUUUACCCGAUCCACCCCGAAAGCCUCUGAGUGCUCCUGUCAAGGCUGUCUCCCGGCCUGCCCCUUUGGUGCAGCCACCGCCAUCAUCUGUACAGCCCAACUCCAAGAACCCUCGGGAGAUCCCGUCCCCCAAAGCCAUCAAGAAUCCAGUGGUGAAGAAACCAGAGACACCUAUUAGACUCUCCCCGGCUAAUCGAAAGCGGAGUCUUGUGAUCUCUGAUGAUGAAGAUACUGAGGAAGAGGCUGAAAAGAGAAAGGAGAGGUGCAAACGGGGCAAGUUUGCUGUGAAGGAGGAAAAGAAGGAAUCAAACGAGGUCACUGGAGAUGCCUCCUUGCAACAAUCAGAUAGUGCUGGGGAAGAGGACCAAGUUGAACUCAAAAAUGCUCAGAAAGAUAAAGGGCUGCAUGUGGAGGUUCGUGUGAACAAGGAGUGGUAUACUGGCCGUGUGACAGCUGUGGAAGUGGGCAAGAAUGUGGUACGGUGGAAGGUGAAGUUCGACUACGUGCCCACAGAUGUAACACCGAGAGACCGCUGGGUGGAGAAAGGCAGUGAAGAUGUGCGGCUGAUGAAGCCACCUUCUCCAGAGUAUCAAAGCCCUGACACACAGCAAGAGGGUGGAGAAGAAGAGGAGGCUGUGUUGGUCCAGCAGCCUGUGGUCGUGGUAGAGCCCUCUACCUCUGAAUGUGCCCGCAUAGAGCCUGAUACCACUGCUCCAAACACCAGCCAUGAGACCAUUGACCUGCUGGUCCAGAUUCUCCGGAAUUGCUUACGAUAUUUUCUGCCUCCGAGUUUUCCCAUUUCCAAGAAGGAGCUGAGUGUUAUGAAUUCACACGAGCUAAUAUCUUUUCCUCUGAAAGAAUACUUCAAGCAGUAUGAAGCAGGGCUCCAGAAUCUGUGCAAUUCCUAUCAAAGCCGUGCCGACUCCCGGGCCAAGGCCUCUGAGGAGAGUCUGCGCACCUCUGAGAGGAAGCUUCGUGAGACAGAGGAGAAGCUGCAGAAGUUGAGGACCAACAUUGUGGCUUUGCUGCAAAAGGUGCAGGAGGACAUAGACAUCAACACAGAUGAUGAGCUGGAUGCCUACAUUGAAGACCUCAUCACCAAGGGGGACUGAGAGGCCGGGAGCCAGGGAUCCGCCCCCCCCCCCCCCCCCCCGCCCUUCCAUACAGCAGCUCCUCAGGAGGGUACCUUCCUGAGCUGCUGGACUGAUAACUUGUUUUGACUUACAUAGGACAUGUGUGCUUUUGGAGGAAAAGACCCUCUUCUUUGAAUCUUCCUCCCUAAGUUUAUAAAUAUUUAUUUUUUACAAAGAGACGAUGCUGCGCCUGCCAUGAGACCAUACAUUUUGUGCCUGUGACUCAGGCACAGGAUGGAAAACCUUCCUACUUUUGCCACACUGGCUGGCUGAGCCUGAGCCACUCCGGCUCCUGGCUCCUCAGUUGUGGUGAGGCUAGUGCCAGGGUAAAGUUGGAGAAGCUCCAGGGAUGACAGUGAUUUCUCUUCCAGGGGACUGAAAAUGGAAUCUGGGAGAUGCAGGUGGGCGAGAGUCCUCCAGAGCUGUGAGGUCCCCGGGGCCAGUGGUCAGAGCAGGCUCAGCAUCCAAGGGGACUCCCCUCCUAGCUCCUCUUGUCAGAUGUAUUCGUCUGCAGUUGACCCAAGUGGUUGUGGUAUUUAGUUUGGGGAAGAAAGAUCUUUGCUGUUCAACCUCCCCAUGUACCACCUAAGUUUCCUGCCUUGGUAGUGUGCAUCAAGGUUGAGGAGCAGCUGCUCCUAUGGGUCAGUCCUCUGGCCUGAAUAGCACUCCAGGUGUUGACUCCAAAGGAUCGAUUCCUCAGGGAAGGUGCAGGAGUAUGAAGGAGCCCUCCCGGGGAGGAGGCCUCCAUCCAUGGUUGCCUCAGUGGUACUUGUUCCUGCUGCUUCUCUGUCUCUUGUGCCCCAUGGAACACUAAAAGGAGGGGACCAGGGAACCUCUUACUUCAGGGACUUAAGAGGCAUCUCUGCAGCAAGCACACUUGGCUUUCCCUCCCUGCCCAGUCACAGCCCCAGAAGCUGUGUCCUUCAGACAACUUCUCAGGG